ACACUUGUAAUAAAAGAACCCAGGUGGGUAAGCCAUGGCAUUGUGUGAAAAUACGAAUUUGCCCUCGUUAGAUUUGUCUAUGAAUUUGUUCUUGCAUGUGUUGAGGCACGGGUAAUUUAGGUAUUUUAGCUUUUCCUUCAUUUACGCAAGAACUGUCCUUUGUUCGGCGCUCAAUCGAGAACAAAAGAAACGAUUGCUUGGUUCUCCCCAUUUUACGCCACGAAAUUGUACUGAUUUCGGAUUUUACGGAGAUCGGCGCUUGGUUCUCCGGAUUUUACGCCAUGAAAUUGUACUCUGUGUCUCGGAUUUCACUGAGAUAGUGUACUGCCUCCGCCGAUCGAUCGCGAUUAACAGAGAGAGGUAUGCUCGGUUCGAUCGCCUUGAUUAGUUAAUUUACCCAAUAUCAUGAGUUUCCUCUUCAUUCUCUUCUCAAUAAAUAUCAGAACUCUCUCCUCUCUUCCAUGGCAAGUAUUAUUGAAGAUGUAGCCGAAAAAAAUGAACACACUCGAAAACCUUUCCACUUCGAAAGAGAAUACGCAUAACACUGAAUCUGCGGAUGGAGUGUGAACUGAUAUGAGAACCAAGUUAACACCAAAACAAAAAACCCUCCAUUCGCGAAUAUGACUUUCGCACGACCCCCAAAGUGGAUUUGGUUGACUGAUCCUGUUCAAUUUUCUCGUCGUCCAGCUUGGGGAAGAGUUUUGGUUUACUAUUGGCGGGCAGCAUAUCCCAUUUGGUGCUUCACCACAAUGUCAAAAUGCAGUGUGAAAAGUUGAAGCAAUGAAGUGGAGUGAUGCUUGUCCCUGAUGUUCGGAAGCAAAUCUUGGUGAUUAACCAGAAAGCCAGGGAAGGAGAGCAAAAGCAGUUGGAAGCAGAAAAACUCCAAAAGCUCAAUGAAAUGGUGAUGCCGAAGUUGAUGGUGAUAAAAAAGAGAGAUGAUGGUUGUGUAAAAAUACUCAAGGUAUCGAGCAUGAUUUGUGUGGCAAACAAAGACGAGGAUGACAAGAUGCGGGCCACAGCUGCAAAUGUUGCUGCUCGAACUACUGUUGGAGGGGAUGAUAUGUUGUCAAAAUGGCAGAGCUAAUGGCUGAGCAAGCCCGAUAGAAACGCAAAGGAGGGGGAAUCGAUGUGGCUUCUGGUUCUCAGACGGGCAAAGAAAUGAGUUUCAAGCCUUCAUCAAACUUUGCAAAAAAUGCAAAGGAUAUUGAAGGAGGAGCGAAAAGGGUCCUCUCUCUGAUGGUUGUUCUUGGAAUUCCAAAGUGUUUUCUUGUUUUACUUGCUCCUUACACUUAGGUGGUAGGAGGUUUUGGGUAGAAAUGGAUACGGUACUCCUAUUGGAUAUGAUUGUGGUUGAGUUUGGUUUUUAAGUUGUACUUACAUUCCUAUUGCCUAAGUAGCAUAUGCUGGAUGUUCAGCUCCCGAAAUGUAGGAGCUUCAAUUAGAUUGUUGAGGGAACACGUAGAAUUGUGGGCUAGAUUUCUGCUGAAAAGACGAAUGUCUCUCUCAUUCGACGAGACAAACAAGAAAAGUUCGUUGUAACUUGUUUUUUCCUUUGGGAUAGUUUUUAUAGUACAUGCCAAAGGUGCUUGUCAAGUGUGUGUUGAAUGAUGCAUUGGACACUCCAAUAACAACCAAACGGAGUGUUCGUAUUUUCUAGGACAUUUUCCGUGUUGCGCUCUAAUAUUGCGAUCGUCCUCCAUUGGCCACAUAAUUUGUCCUUCGUCCACCAGCAUUGCCACUGAAAUAGAAUACACUUGUAACAGUCA